CGUACCUGCAGCUGUACCUAACAGCGUAUACGAGCCGGCGGCGUCAGUCAAAAAGCGCGCGCGCGACGCGUAGAAUCGUCGUCGUCGUCGAGUAAUACCUAAAACGCCAUCGCCGAACCGCACGCGAUAAACAUUUCACGACGAUCGAUAGAAUUUCGAGCCGAUCCAUAGUGGAAAAAUCGCCGGAGAAAAAAACAUCGAUCGUUUUAGCAAUAAUAUAAUAAUAAUAAUAAAUCGCAAUCGUCACGCGUUCCACCGGCGACGGCCCAAAAUGAAAACGACACGUCGACGACGGAACCGAAGACCGUAAAAUGAUAUAAUAUGAUAUUACAUAUCGUACGUCAUUUUUUCGUCGUACAUGAUAUUAUUAUGUGAUACCGCGUUACCCGACUUGACCAGUCGUCGUCAUUGUCGGCAGCAUCGAUCCCCGUGUGCCGACAUUACCGAGCAGCGAGCGGAUGCUGCCCAAGACGUCGUCAAUCAUCUACAACGCGGGCCCUAAGUCCUACAUCGCCGCCGACCACGAUGACCGUCAGCUACCAGUCCAAGGUGUCGUCGUCGAGCAGCGCGGGUUUCACCAAACUGUUGUUUCUGUGGCGGGGAAGUCUGUACCAAGUACUGUACAGGGAGCUGUUGCUGUUCAUGGUGGCGUUCAUCAUCAUCAGCACCCUGUACCGGAACGCAUUCACCGUCUCGCAAAAAGAAAUAUUUGAAAAAGUAGUUCGAUAUUGUGAUGCCUUUAUUACUCAAUUGCCAUUAUCAUUCAUCUUAGGAUUUUAUGUAACGUAUGUAGCUAAGAGAUGGUGGAAUCAAUACUUGGCGAUUCCGUGGCCCGACAGAGCAAUGCAUGUAAUAACAAUGUAUGUAGAGGGCAAUGAUGAUUACGGAUGUAUGAUUCGAAGAUCACUAAUGAGAUAUUUAAUUUUGACAUUGAUUUUGGUGUUGCGUUCUAUCAGUUCACCGGUAAAAAAACGUUUUCCGACAUUAGAGCACGUCGCUGAGUCAGGCUACAUGACCGCUGACGAGAUAGAAGUAUUUUAUUCGCUCCCCAAGGUAGAAUUUAAUACUUAUUGGGUGCCUUGUACUUGGUUCAUAACUUUGUUGAAAGAAGCCAGAAAAUCUAAGCGAAUAGAAGAUUCCGAAGGAGUCAAGCUCAUUAUGCAGGAAUUUAUCGACUUCAGAACAAAAUGUGGUUAUUUGUGGAGUUACGAUUGGAUUAGCAUACCGUUAGCGUAUACACAGGUCGUUACAAUUGCAACAUAUUCGUUUUUCAUUACUGCCAUUGUCGGGAGGCAAUACGUGGAAGGAUCAAACAAAAUGCUGCAAACAGAACUUGACGUGUAUAUACCGGUGUUUACAAUAGUUCAGAUUUUAUUCUUCAUGGGACUUUUAAAGGUAGCAGAACAAUUAAUAAAUCCUUUUGGUGACGACGAAGAAGAUUUUGAAUUAAAUUUUUUAAUCGAUAGACAUACAAAGGCAUCCUUUUUGGCGGUAGAUUACCUUGCUAAAAUUAAACUGCCUUUGGUCAAAGAUAUUUACUUCAACGAAUUGGAAGUAUCAAUUCCUUACACAAGCGCGUCUGCACCGUUCAAGAAAAAAUCGCAUAGAGGAUCAGUUCACCACAUGCCUGUUCCUGAAGACCAACAUAUGAUGUUCUUACCCGAAAUCAUAGAAGAGGCAGACCCCGAUCAGUCGAAAAGCAGAAGGCCUUCGAUGUGUUCAAACAAAAAUGAAGGAAAAAUCAACUCGAACUGCAAGGAUAAAGUUAAUGAUUCCUUUGGCAUUAUGCAGGUAGUACAACAGCGGUCAUCAUCGAACGGCUGCGGCGAAGUCGGUGGAUUUGGCGGCGGAGGACCGAAUUCGAACGCGCCGACCAAACGCGGGGGCGGCGGUGGUUUCAAGCAGUUAGCCCAACGCAAAUCGGACGCCGCACAACCAGUAGUACUGGUGUCAAUGACCCGGCGACCGAGCUGCAAUUCGGGACAGUGGAAGCCGUUCAAGUGGAAAUCGUCGGACUGCGGCGAACAACGACGCGCUUCCGUCGGAGCCGGUUCGCGACCGGAACGGCAUCAGCAGACGAAUGUGGAUCUCCAGAAACGUGUCCGACCGGAAACAGUGAUGGCGGCGGCGGUGCCGGCGAUAGUACCGGAAGGACACGUCAACACGGCGUUCGUACCGGACAGACUGCAAAGAGACGUGUGGUCGGUGCCUGCAGACCUAAGUCUCUGAAAGCCGCGGGGUGCAACAGCUGAUAUCGGAGGUCCCCUUAAUAAAUUGCUGUUUUGUGAGUCAUGCAUUAUUGUGAUGCGUUGAUUAAUAUUCCUCCGUGGUAUUUGAUAAACGGUGAGGAUAAAUUUAAAAAACAAAAACACCUCUACACUGGGUGGAUACCCCCGUGACUCGUGUAUUCCUUUAAAUCGAUUCACUUGUAGGAAUAAAAUUGAAUCCUAAGCAGUCUAGAACGAACGGGCGCGAGUUAUUUCUUAAAAUACUAUUUUACUUGACCAUCAGCCCUGAGACCCCAAUGCGCAUUACACCCCUGCUAAAUCCGGUAUUGCGUGUUACGCGCAUUACUCAACAGCGGUGAAUUCGCGAAGGAAAUAGUCGUCGGCUAGUUUGACGUCAGAUCCACCCCCCCCCCCCCUCCACGCCAACGUCGCCGUUUAAUGAUUCUGAUCCCGGUAACACUUCAAAUGUAUAUGAUAUAAUAGUUAAUUCGGUGUAACAUAAAUAGGUAACCGCGUUAUCACGCAUGGGGUCAUUGCCAACCCUUUUUACAAAACCACGAGUUUUUUUAUGGUGUUAAAAUUAUUAUUGAUCCUCCUCCCCCCUCCCAUCCCAUAAAAAAUCUCAGCGACAUGGCUGUGGGAUCGAAGUACAAGUUAAACAUUUGAUCGUCUUGUUAUUUUUGUUCUUCUAUAAAAUACCCGAUUUGAUUAUUAAAUUAUAACUAUUUCGAUAUUCUUCGGUAACCCGAAUUUUCAUAAUCUAAAAAAAAGUACAGUACCUAUACAUAGUAUACAUUCUAAGUACACCACUGACACUAUAGUAUGUGUUUAAUGACGUUCUUUCAUAUUAAAAUCAAAUAUAUUUUAAUAAAACGAAAUAAAUUCCUUUUAAGAAAUACAUUUUUACUCUCGGGAAAUCGACUUGAAUUAAAACUUUACGAAAUUAAUCUUUUUAAACGGAUCGUUAAAUAGAACUGUUUUAUUUUAAACCAAGAAAAUUUCAUUAAAAUUCCAAAAUAUUCUGCUAGGUAAAAAAUAAUGUAGGUACAUUUAUUUUAGGAGAGACUAGUUUUAGUAUACCUACGUAUUCGUGAUAAUUUAUCCGAAUUGUCCGUAGUCCAAUUUUCGACGUAAUCUCCCCGUCAGCGUAAUUGUGUAUAAUUAUUAUUUUUUUCGAUUUAUCUUUAAGUCGUAUUAAAUUUAUUUAUAUCCCCACAUCAACAUCCGUUACAAAACAUGCCGUCUAUUCGCCAGUUACCAAUAACAUCCUUCGAAAAAAUAUCUAUAGCCUUGUACAGAUUAUAUUCCUUCUCGCAUUGAUUUUUUUGUUUUUAUAACACUGUAUAUAAUAAAUUAUGUAGG